AUGUAUGGGAGUGCAAGAACAAUCACCAACCUGGACGGUAGUCCUGCCAGGUCUCCUCGUUUGCCAAGGUCACCUCGUUUGGGUCAUCGAAGAACAAGUAGUGGAGGAGGUGGAGGAACAGGCAAGACCCUGUCAAUGGAAAACAUCCAGUCACUUAACGCAGCCUAUGCUACAUCUGGACCGAUGUAUCUGAGCGAUCAUGAGGGAGUGGCGUCAACAACUUACCCAAAGGGCACCAUGACUCUGGGCAGGGCCACCAAUCGAGCUGUAUAUGGAGGUCGAGUCACAGCCAUGGGGAGUAGCCCCAAUAUUGCUUCUGCGGGACUCUCCCACACUGAUGUGCUUUCGUACACAGAUCAACACGGUGGUCUGACCAGCUCAUCCCAUCAUCACCACCACCAGGUCCCCUCUAUGUUAAGGCAGGUAAGAGAUAGCACAAUGUUAGAUCUUCAAGCCCAACUCAAGGAGCUCCAGAGAGAAAAUGACCUCCUCCGGAAAGAGCUGGACAUCAAGGACAGCAAGUUGGGAUCAUCCAUGAACAGCAUCAAGACUUUCUGGAGCCCUGAGCUGAAGAAAGAGCGAGUCUUGAGGAAAGAAGAGGCAGCUCGGAUGUCUGUCCUCAAGGAGCAGAUGAGGGUUUCCCAUGAGGAAAAUCAGCACCUGCAGUUGACAAUCCAGGCCCUCCAGGAUGAGUUACGAACCCAGAGGGACCUCAAUCACCUCCUGCAGCAAGAGAGCGGCAACCGGGGAGCCGAGCACUUCACCAUUGAGCUGACCGAGGAGAACUUCAGGCGUCUGCAAGCAGAGCAUGACCGACAGGCGAAGGAGCUGUUCCUUUUGAGGAAGACGUUAGAGGAGAUGGAGCUGAGAAUCGAAACACAGAAACAGACCUUAAAUGCAAGAGAUGAGUCCAUUAAAAAGCUCCUGGAGAUGCUGCAAAGCAAAGGUUUGCCAUCCAAAAGCCUCGAGGAUGACAAUGAGCGAACGCGGAGGAUGGCAGAGGCGGAAUCUCAGGUCAGCCACUUGGAAGUGAUUUUAGACCAGAAGGAGAAGGAGAACAUACAUCUGAGAGAGGAAUUGCACCGAAGAAGCCAACUCCAGCCGGAGCCAGCCAAGACGAAGGCUCUCCAGACUGUCAUUGAGAUGAAGGACACAAAAAUCGCUUCAUUGGAGCGAAACAUAAGGGAUCUUGAAGAUGAGAUCCAGAUGUUAAAAGCCAGUGGUGUGCUGAACACUGAGGACCGUGAGGAAGAGAUCAAACAAAUAGAAGUUUACAAAAGCCACUCCAAGUUUAUGAAGACCAAGAUUGAUCAACUGAAGCAGGAACUUUCAAAGAAGGAGUCGGAACUUCUUGCCUUACAAACAAAGCUUGAAACCCUUAGCAAUCAAAAUUCAGAUUGCAAGCAACACAUUGAAGUGCUUAAAGAGUCGCUUACUGCCAAAGAACAGAGGGCUGCCAUUCUGCAAACCGAGGUAGAUGCACUGAGAUUACGACUGGAAGAGAAAGAAUCUUUUCUCAAUAAGAAGACGAAGCAGCUGCAGGACCUCACGGAAGAGAAGGGGACUCUGGCUGGAGAGAUCCGUGACAUGAAGGACAUGUUGGAAGUGAAGGAAAGAAAAAUCAAUGUGCUGCAGAAGAAGAUUGAGAACUUGCAAGAACAACUUAGGGAUAAAGACAAGCAACUGACCAACCUGAAAGACAGAGUGAAGUCCUUGCAGACGGAUUCCAGCAACACGGACACUGCGCUGGCCACGCUAGAGGAGGCCCUGUCAGAGAAGGAGAGAAUCAUUGAGCGCCUGAAAGAACAGCGGGAGAGAGAUGAUCGAGAAAGACUAGAAGAGAUAGAAUCCUUCCGGAAAGAGAACAAGGACCUGAAGGAGAAAGUCAAUGCUUUACAGGCCGAGCUGACUGAGAAAGAGUCUAGUUUAAUUGAUCUCAAAGAACAUGCGUCUUCAUUAGCCUCUGCUGGGCUGAAAAGAGACUCCAAAUUAAAAUCUUUAGAAAUAGCCAUUGAGCAAAAGAAAGAAGAAUGCAGCAAACUGGAAGCACAGUUAAAAAAGCAAGCUGAGCAGUUGUUCAAUCAGAUGUACAACCCAGCACAUAAUGUUGAAGAUGACUCCAGGAUGAAUCCUGAGUAUGCAGACCGGCUGAAACAGCUGGAUAAGGAGGCAUCUUACUACCGGGACGAGUGUGGCAAGGCCCAAGCAGAAGUUGAUCGGCUGCUGGAGAUCCUCAAGGAGGUAGAGAACGAAAAGAAUGAUAAGGACAAGAAGAUUGCAGAACUUGAGAGCUUGACUCUCAGGCAUAUGAAGGAUCAGAAUAAGAAGGUGGCCAACCUCAAGCACAACCAACAGUUGGAAAAGAAGAAGAAUGCCCAGUUAUUAGAAGAGGUCCGCAGACGAGAGGAUAGCAUGGCCGACAACUCGCAGCAUUUGCAGAUAGAGGAACUGAUGAAUACGCUGGAGAAGACCAGGCAAGAACUGGAUGCCACCAAAGCCCGCCUCGCCUCCACCCAGCAGUCCCUGGCUGAGAAAGAAGCCCACUUGGCCAACCUUCGGAUAGAGCGGAGGAAACAGCUGGAAGAGAUCCUGGAGAUGAAACAGGAAGCAUUACUUGCGGCUAUCAGUGAAAAAGAUGCAAACAUUGCCUUGUUGGAGUUGUCUGCCUCCAAAAAGAAAAAGACGCAAGAAGAAGUCAUGGCCCUCAAGCGGGAGAAAGACCGACUGGUGCAUCAGUUAAAGCAGCAGACCCAGAACCGAAUGAAGCUGAUGGCAGACAACUACAGCGAAGACCACCACCACUACCACCACCACCACCACCACCACCAUCGAUCUCCUGGGAGGUCGCAGCAUUCCAAUCACAGGCCCUCUCCGGACCAGGAUGACGAGGAGGGCAUAUGGGCAUAG